GAAGAAGAAGAAGAAAGGCGAAGAGAAAUUAACUAAUUAAGCCGAUCGAUCGAAAGUAAUAUGGUUUCUAGGGAACACAAGCGCGCAGCUGCCCUGCAUGAGAAGCUGCACCUGCUUCGUUCCAUUACUAACUCUCAUGCACUAGAGGAAACCUCAAUCAUCUUAGAUGCAUCAAAGUACAUAGGGGAGCUGAAACGCAAGGUGGAAAGACUGAAUCAAGAUAUCGAGACGGCGCAAAGCUCGAGUGAUCAAGAUUCUGUGCAGGAGGUUACAGUGGAAACCCUAGCCAAGGGCUACCUAAUUAAUGUAAUCUCAGAGAAAAGUUGCCCCGGCCUGCUUGUCUCGGUUCUUGAAGCUUUUGAAGAUCUGGGCCUUAAUGUGCAGGAAGCUAGGAUCUCUUGUGCCAAUAGUUUUCAACUCGAAGCGGUUGGAGGAGAAAUAAAUGAAGACAAUGAAGAAAGGGUUGAUGCCCAAGUGGUAAAGGAAGCAGUGUCUCAGGCUGUCAAGAACUGGAGCCAAACCAGUGAGCAAGAUUAAUCAAAUUAUAUAUGAUCAUUCCUUUCUCCCUCCUCCUCUAUCUGCCUCUUCUCUUCUUAGGUUGCCGGUGCUGUUAAUCAAAUUAAAGGAAUCGGUUUUUCUGAAGUCAGUUGCCAGAGAUCGGGAUUAUUCAGCAACAAAAGUAGUAAUACGAAAAAAAGAAGAAAAAAAAGUUUGCUAGAGGAUCGAAGAUCACAAGUUUCUGUUCAAGUUCAAAUUGAAGAGGCAAGCACCCUAAUAUAUAUGCUUAAGAAUCUUCAUUUCAAUGUGUCAAAUUAAGGCGAAGGGAUAGCAAGAUUAAUCGUCGAUGAGUAUUAACUAAUAAUGAGUCCUAGUGCAAAUGCUAGGAAACUCAGUCGGUUCGGCUUCUGAUGUAACAAGUGUGGUAUAAUGCAAUCAAAGGAAUUAAUUAAUCCACUUCCCUUGUGCAAA